GCGCCCAGCCCGCGCGCCGCGGCCUCCCUCACCCUCGGGCCCCGCAGACGCCGCAGCAAUGCGUCCUCGUCGUUCUCGACGUCGCCGAAGACCAUCUCCUCCAAGCACCGCUCCACGGCCGGUUUGUCCUCCUCCAGCGUCAGGCGGUUCCGCUGCCGGAGCCGUCUCUCCUCCUCCGCCGCCGCGACUGCAUUCGCAGCGGCCGCCGCGCUCGGCCGGGCCGACGGUUUCCGCUGGGAUGAAGGGGCAGGCUUUUGGGGAGGCCCGCCUGGCCCCGCUCCGGCUUUCCAGUCCGGCCUCAUUCCGGGCUUCCGCUUCGGCUUCGCUCCGGUUCUCCGGUCCAGUUUCAUUCGUCUCCUCCGUUCCGGCGGCAUCGUUAGGUUUGAGGAAAAACGCAGGCGCUCACGUGGAAUCUCGCUGCGCAUGCGCCCAGGCGCCUCGCUGCCCGCCGCCGCCGAAGCCCCGGGGGCCGGAAGGAGCCUGCGCAGCCACUUGCCACGUGACCAGCACUCCCUCUCUCUACGUAACUCCCACUCCCCUACCCAGCUCCGCCCCGUGUGGGAGUUCCUCCGGCAGGGCCAAUCUUCCGGGUGUAGGGGGAAGCGGCGUGACUGGAGUGGAAAAUUUUUCCAACACAAUUUUGCAGCUGCAACAUAUUGAAAGGAGCGCAAGAAAGCCCGAGUAUACACUGGGACGGCUGAAUGGAACUUCUGCUUUUCCUCUUGACUUUAACCACUUCACUUGACACAAGCCCCAAUACGCUUUCCACCCUUCGUCUUGGUACGGUCCGUGGAGUACGGAGCCUGCAGAGGGUCCCACGCUGGAAGCGAGAGAGGAGGACUGAACAUUCUUCACGAUCUGAAAGGAAAAGAAGAGAUUCUUUCGGGAUGUUUGACGGUUAUGAUAGCUGCAGUGAGGACACAAGCAGCAGCUCCAGCUCUGAAGAGAGUGAGGAAGAAGUUGCUCCUUUACCUUCUAAUCUCCCGAUUAUCAAAAACAAUGGGCAAGUCUACACAUACCCAGAUGGUAAAUCUGGCAUGGCUACCUGUGAGAUGUGUGGGAUGGUUGGCGUCCGAGAUGCUUUUUACUCUAAAACAAAGCGUUUCUGUAGCGUUUCAUGUUCAAGAAGUUACUCGUCAAACUCCAAGAAGGCAAGCAUUUUGGCCAGACUUCAGGGUAAGCCUCCAACAAAGAAAGCAAAAGUUCUUCAGAAACAACCUUUAGUUGCUAAGCUAGCCGCAUAUGCUCAGUAUCAAGCUACCUUGCAAAAUCAAGCAAAGACAAAAGCAGCAGUCUCCAUGGAAGGUUUCAGCUGGGGUAACUACAUCAAUAGCAAUAGCUUUAUAGCAGCUCCGGUUACCUGUUUUAAACAUGCACCUAUGGGGACCUGCUGGGGUGAUAUCUCAGAAAAUGUGAGAGUAGAAGUUCCCAAUACAGACUGCAGCCUACCUACCAAAGUCUUCUGGAUUGCUGGAAUUGUAAAAUUAGCAGGUUACAAUGCCCUUUUAAGAUAUGAAGGAUUUGAAAAUGACUCUGGUCUGGACUUCUGGUGCAAUAUAUGUGGUUCUGAUAUCCAUCCAGUUGGUUGGUGUGCAGCCAGCGGAAAACCUCUUGUUCCUCCUAGAACUAUUCAGCAUAAAUAUACAAACUGGAAAGCUUUUCUAGUGAAACGACUUACUGGUGCCAAAACACUGCCUCCUGAUUUCUCACAAAAGGUUUCAGAGAGUAUGCAGUAUCCUUUCAAACCUUGCAUGAGAGUAGAAGUGGUUGACAAGAGGCAUUUGUGUCGAACACGAGUAGCAGUGGUGGAAAGUGUAAUUGGAGGAAGAUUAAGACUAGUGUAUGAAGAAAGCGAAGAUAGAACAGAUGACUUCUGGUGCCAUAUGCACAGCCCAUUAAUACAUCAUAUUGGUUGGUCUCGAAGCAUAGGUCAUCGAUUCAAAAGAUCUGAUAUUACAAAGAAACAGGAUGGACAUUUUGAUACACCACCACAUUUAUUUGCUAAGGUAAAAGAAGUAGACCAGAGUGGGGAAUGGUUCAAGGAAGGAAUGAAAUUGGAAGCUAUAGACCCAUUAAAUCUUUCUACAAUAUGUGUCGCAACCAUUAGAAAGGUGCUAGCUGACGGAUUCCUGAUGAUUGGGAUCGAUGGCUCAGAAGCAGCAGACGGAUCUGACUGGUUCUGUUACCAUGCAACCUCUCCUUCUAUUUUCCCUGUCGGUUUCUGUGAAAUUAACAUGAUUGAACUUACUCCACCCAGAGGUUACACAAAACUUCCUUUUAAAUGGUUUGACUACCUCAGGGAAACUGGCUCCAUUGCAGCACCAGUAAAACUAUUUAAUAAGGAUGUUCCAAAUCACGGAUUUCGUGUAGGAAUGAAAUUAGAAGCAGUAGAUCUCAUGGAGCCACGUUUAAUAUGUGUAGCCACAGUAACUCGAAUUAUUCAUCGUCUCUUGAGGAUACAUUUUGAUGGAUGGGAAGAAGAGUAUGAUCAGUGGGUAGACUGUGAGUCCCCUGACCUCUAUCCUGUAGGGUGGUGUCAGUUAACUGGAUAUCAACUACAGCCUCCAGCAUCACAGUCAUCAAGAGAAAACCAAUCAGCUUCAUCAAAACAGAAGAAAAAGGCUAAGUCCCAGCAAUACAAAGGACAUAAGAAAAAGAGGAAGAUGCCAAUUGGGAAGAAGCCUGUCAGUUUGUCGAGCCUGCCUAUGACAGGUGGGGUGCGGAGGAGCUUCUCUGGUGACGAAGAGUUGACUCCUCCUCCAUAUCGAACCCUUCCAGCACAGACAGCCCCGGAGGCCUUCCCACCUCCCAGCACUAGCCGAGAGUUCAGUCCCAGCCUCAAAACAGUUUCCAGUUUACAUCCCAUAUAUGUGUAUCCUCUCCAUUUAUUAAUGAAAAGAUACAUAAUAGAGAAAAAUGAAGAACUUUUACCCUUGAUCUGGAGCCAGAUGCCUGCAGAGGCUGGUGGUUACCUGUUGACGACACUGCAGCUGAAGGAGGAGUUGCUGGAUGGAGAGGAUUAUAAUUUCCUUCAAGGAGCAUCUGAUCAGGAAAGCAAUGGCUCUGCCAACUUCUACAUCAAACAAGAGCCAUGAGGUGGCUCAGAAACUGAGGGCGGGAGGGGAAGGAUUUUACACAGGACUGAUUUAUAAUCAAUCCAGCUGUACAGGGGGCUAUUCUACUGGGACAUUUUGCUAAACAUAAAAGAUUUCAGUUCCAGAUUUUUCAGGUGGGUGGGGGAACUAUUUUAGUCGGGGGGUGGGGUGGGAAAUUUUCAAUUUAUAAAGAUGGACAAUUUUUGUGUUGUAUUUGAAGCUUUUGAAAGAAUUUUGUAAUAUUUUCCAAGUUUGGAUUUAUGUGCAUUGUUAACAAGAACUGAAAUUCUAACUUUUUUGGUAAGAUUAAAGUUUAGGUAGCAGGAUUGAAGGAAAUGAUUUAAGAAGGAUAUAGCUGUUAAAUGCAAAUGAACUGUCAUUACAAAUGAACCUUUUUGGUACCUGUUGGGAGAUUUUGGGAUUUUUAGAAGUUAGGCCAGUCACAUCUCCAGCUUCCUUUGCUGCAGAAAUAUGCAACUGAACUCCUCACGGAGGGGUCAUCACCACAAAGGUCAUGGAAGGGUCAUUAUUUCUGCUUGUUGGCAUUUUAUUGCAGCCCAUUUUAAAUGUUUGUACAGAAAUAUUUUUCAUUCUGUGAAAAUUUAUUUGGAGUUCUGUAUGAAACUGGAAGAACUCUGGAUACUUUUAUAUGUUCUCUUUUAAUUAAAAAAAAAUGAUUAGAAUUAUCCUAACACUAAAGUGUUAAACUGGAAUGGUUGACAAGAUAUACAGGAUCUCAGUCUACACAUUGAGGGGUUGGGGAAAAUGUAAUGUUGUCCUUAGUUUAUUUUCCUUUCUAAAAAAAAAUACCCCACAAAAGGGAUUCUGAUCAGUUCUCUGCCAUUUCCCUCUAUCUGUGAAAUAACAGCUUGGUAUAACCACAACCAAAAACAGAUGUUCUGUAUUAGGAGAAUCGAAUUGAAAGUUAUUCAAAGCCAAAAUAAGUUUAGAUUUCAAAAUCAUUCCAGCUCUGCUUUUAUCUAUCCUGGAUUUGGUAGAAAACUAAUUUGAAAGAGAAUUUAAUUUUCUUAAAAUUCCAUAUAUAUAUAUAUAUAAUUGUCUCUAAUUGUAUUCAGGAUUUAUUUUAAUAAUAACCGAUUUGGACCAUUUUGAACAUUCCCUGUUUUAAAAUUCACAUGACUUCCUUUUUUAAAAAAAAAAAAGGAUACAAGGGUAAAUUGGUGAAAGGUUUGCUCUCUGCAUUUUCUAACUUUCUACUGAGUUGUGACUGAAUGAGAGCGCUCUAGCAUUUACCAGUGAGGUUCAUAAACUAAACUCUCAGGAAUUAAUUGCAUCUGUUCUAGAAGUGCUUCUGGGUCUUAGCCUGGCCUCUUCAGAGUGGUAAUAUUGACCAUCUCCUCUGGAAUAUAGGUAGGGCUAAUUAGAAAUUAAUCAAAAUGAUUAACCUCUACAGUCCUUCAGCCUAUGGAAUGCUUUAAAAAAUGUUAAUGGAAAGCCCCAGGAGACCAUUUUAGGUAAGAUUUUUGUUUGAAUUUUAAAAUGCAUAGAACGUUAAAAAAAACCAGCAAUUUAUUUUCUAAAAUAUUGCUCUACUUUUGGGAAUAAUAGCAUUGGUAAUACGCACAGGUUUACCUCAUUCUAUGCAAGAGGGGUUAAUAACAUAAGGUUUUAUAAUAGCUACUGGAAGUAAAAUUUGUUACUUUAUAGUGUAAGAAUGUAUGGAAUCGCAUGUCACCAUUUCUUAAUACUGACUCUUUAGGGGCAUAAAUGCAGAUCACAUCAACACAAGUUGAUUCUCAUGUGUCAAAUAUAUGUGAAUUCAGCUGUUAAAUUACUGGAUAUUUAUCUUAACAUUGCUGAGAGGGACCUACUGUAAAUGUGACAUCCUCACACUUCCCAUAUCUUUAACUUUGAAAAAUCUUCUUGUAAACUUAAAGCCUAGAAGUAUUCCAAAGCAAGGGUUACAGCAGUCUUUAUUCUCAGGCUCACUGAAUUAAACCCAGGACUAAUUCCACAGCAUAGGCACAAGAAGCCUGUUGUAUAGUGUACUCUGCCAGUACCUUGGAUUUAGGAGCUCUAUGGGGAACUGCCUAAACCAGGAGAGAGAGGAUUUGGAGCUAGUCAGUCCUGGUAAUCUAUGAAAUGCUCAUUUAUACCCAGGUUUCAUAAGCUUCCAAUUCUAUAGCAAACCCAGGCUCUGAGUGUUUUAGAAUUUCCUAAUUCAUGAAGUGUUUCUUGUCUUGAUCCCGUGACCAACAGUUGAAGGUUGGUAAGGACUUUCCUACAGUCUAAACACAACCUAAAGCCCUCUUUCAUUGUUCACACACUAACUCCUACUGCUGACGAACCGAAAAAUAAUUAAUGCAGAGGAGAUUUAUGUCUUAGCCAUAACUCCAGUUGUACAACUCAAUCGCCCCAUUCUUUUUUACGGUUCAAAAUGUACUGCUGACCUUGGGUUUGUUUUUGUUUUGUUUUGUUUUUCCUGUUAGGAUUUAUUUGGGGACUUUUGGUAGUUUAAACUCUUUAACCUUUUCCUUGCCGUGUAUGAGGAAAGCUAAAGCUGUUAUCAACUUCUUAUUCUACAAUACUAACACGGGUUUUCAGUGUUUGUUUGUUUUUAUUAUUAUUAUUAAUUUUGCGUGAUGUGAAUACCCUCUCCCAUCAAUAUUUGUAUUAUGGUGCUAUAUAUUGGUAAUGAUCCUUUAAUAUUGGGAAGGGAUUUUAAAAAUACUGUGAUUAAACUGGGUUUCUUCCUUUGAUUUUCAUAUUUUAAAUAAAGCCACAGUCAUUUAUACAAAAGAAAAGCAUCUGUCCCUGGGCAAAUCUUUUGAGGACAGAGGUCAAGUAAACUGCAUAAGGUUUUUACAUCAUUUCUGUAUGUAUUUGAUAUAUAGAUCAAUACCUGUACAAAUUUAAUCUUUUAUUUUCUUGGUAACUCGUGAUCAUUGAGAAAGUGUUUGAAACUUUCUCAUGAAGUGUAUAUAUAAUGGCGUGAAAAAUUCGUUUGGAAAAAUUUAUGUUCCUUUCAUUUUUACCAAAUUGCAGAUUUUCAGCAUGGAUGUGAAAAGCAUUAAAAUUAUAACUUUGUGUACAAGAUGAAAAUAAUUCACUAAAUUUGCCCUUUUUUACACAAAAUAAAAUGUUGAAGUUAA